AUGUCUGAAGGGAGAUUAACAUCUACAGUGUCAUUUGUAAAAGAUAUUUCUUCUUUAACUUACGAAAAAGCAUCUCGAGCGAUUCAGACAUCUCACGGAAUAUAUGAUCAAUUGUAUCGCCAUGGUCAACAAGCCGGUGAUCGAGCAUAUCAAAUGACCAAAUAUUAUUGGAUUAAUUUCCCUCCUUUACGUUGGCUUGCCUAUACUUUUGUAGUAUUUAUACUUCCUCCAGCAAUAGUUUUUGUCGGAUGGAUGGUUCUAUCAUUCGGUUUCGUAUCUGCUAUAGCGGGAACUGGGGUUAUUUUGUCUCAAGGAUUUCUGACAACUUGUGGAUUAUUCGUGUUUCUUCCCACCGCCUCUUUUCUUACAAUUGUUGCUUUUAUGGUGGCUUGCUUUGCAGUAUUUACUUGGGGAGGAAUUCAAACCGUUAACGCAACUUUGUCAAAAUUUGGUCUAAUUAGAAGAGGGAAUUUUAUGGAAUUUUCCAAACAAAGUGCAAUUUCUGGCAGGGGUGCACGUCAAUCCGAUUAUAAUCAUUCACGUUAG